UUGUUUUAAAAGUUUUAAAAUAAUUUAUGCUAAAAACGUAAACACGUCAUCACGUUUCUUCUUCGAAACAUCGAACGUUAAAUCGGAUUCCAGCCAAUCACAGCCGAGCUGCUGAGCCAAUCAGGAGGCCUUUCUUAAAUCCAGGCGGCCACGUCACCGUCAGGCCGUCCAAUCCGUGCAGAGCCGCUCCGGUUCCUCCUCUCAAAGUUUGGACCUGCCUGACGGACAGCAGGUCUCAGAACUUCUUGAACUCCGCACACAGAGAGUCUUGGAGCCGUGCGGGGCCGGUCUGUGUGCGGGGGCUCACCGCGCCUCUUCUUCCUCUGUCUGGAUCUUUGGGCUCAGUUUUCCAAGUUUUGGAUUUUUGUUUUUUUGGUUCCGUCAUACUGAGAUGGGCUUUGACUGCGGAGAGCAGCGGGUUCUGGUUCUGUAGUGUUCUGGACUCUGGGCCCCGAGCUCCAGCCGUCCCGGGUCCUCCACAGGAGCUGUGAUGUUAGCGGUGGGUCAGAUGGACGGGUCCCGACAGAGCGCCUUCCUCCUCAGCACCCCUCCUCUAGCGGCUCUGCACAGCAUGACCGAGAUGAAGACCCCGCUGUACCCGGCCUACCCGCUCUCCUCCAGCGGCCCCAACUCCUCUACCUCACCGGCCACCACCUCUCCCAACCCGGGCGGCAUGGCCGUGUCCUCCCCGGGGAUCAAGAGCUCCACGGGGCUGUCCUCGGGGCUCGGCUCCCCGCAGCAGUGUUCCUCCGCCACCCCUCACGGAAUAAACGACAUCCUCAGCCGGCCCACGGCCACCUGCGCCGGCUCCACGGUGGCCGUGGCCGCCGCCUCCUCCUCGGCGGGGAUUCUGUCCGGGCUGCCCCGCUUCAGCAGCCUCAGCCCGCCGCCUCCUCCCGGACUUUACUUCAGCCCGAGCGCGGCGGCGGCGGCGGUGGCGGUGGCCCGGUACCCGAAGCCUCUGGCGGAUCUGCCGGGCAGGACGCCGAUCUUCUGGCCGGGAGUGAUGCAGAGCCCGCACUGGAGGGACGCCAGGUUCGCGUGCUCACCCCACCAGAACUCGGUGCUGCUGGAUAAGGACGGGAAGAGGAAGCACACCCGGCCCACCUUCUCCGGGCAGCAGAUCUUCGCGCUGGAGAAAACUUUCGAGCAGACCAAAUAUCUGGCGGGACCCGAGAGGGCGAGGCUGGCGUACAGCCUGGGCAUGACGGAGAGCCAGGUGAAGGUUUGGUUCCAGAACCGGAGGACCAAGUGGCGGAAGAAGCACGCGGCGGAGAUGGCCACGGCCAAGAAGAAGCAGGACUCCGAGACCGAGCGGCUGAAGGGAGGUUCGGACAACGAGGACGAGGACGACGACUACAACAAGCCCCUGGACCCGAACUCUGACGACGAGAAGAUCACACAGCUGCUGAAGAAACACAAACCGGGCCCCGGGCCCGGUCCCGGUCUGCUGCUGCACACGUCAGAGAACGACAGCUCGUAACUCUCCCGGUUUUUAUUCGGCUGGACUCGGAACUUUCUGUGUUUCUGCUUUUUGUUUUUUUUGCACGCGGAGAAACUCGGAACUUUUUCGAAAACAACCCGAACCGAGCCGAACAUGCUGCGUUCACUUGUAAAUAGAAACGUGAGUUGUAUCCAAUAGAAACUUUAUUUCUUUUUUUGUAUUUCACACAAACAGUCCGUGAAGGCCCCACGAGGUGGAGGAGAGCCUGAACGCACCACGCGCACGCACCUGUACAGACACCGGAAGUCUCUCACGCAUUUUAUUAUUUAAGCUGGACUUCAUGUAAUGAUGCACUUUUAUUUAAUAAAAACUCGAAAGUUCAUCUGUAUGUUAAUGAGCUCAUUAAUUAUUCAUGAAUUAAAGGAGACGAUUAAUUAAUCAUUUAAUCGAUGAUCGAUAUUUAUCAGCCAAUGAG